GACAAGUGAACUGAGAGGAAGCAAGGGGGCCUGAGCCCUCAGUCGUGCCCUGGGAAUUUCUGCUAACAUGGUGCUGAGAUGGGCCUUUCUCCUGGUUUUUGCACCUCUGCUCACUGCAUGGGAACAGGAAAAGCCUGAUCCUGAAGUCCUAGAAGAAGCCAAGGAAACAGUGACAUGCAAAAGGGAUGGCUGGCCUGAGACAGCGACCUUUUUCCCCGACAAAAAAGAGUUCCAGGUGAACGAGACAGUGAGAAUGACCUGCCCUGGGGACUCUGAAGAUGAGCAAUUCACUGCCACCUGCACAGAGCUGGAAGACAACGGGGCAGACUGGGAUAUCACCUGCCUCCGAAGAUGCAAAGCCCCCUCCGACUGGGACCCCAAGCUGCAGUUUACUCCUGACAAGACCAGCUAUGCCUUGAAUGACUUGGUGCAGCUGAGUUGUCCUGAGGGCUACCAGCCAUCGGUCGCUGUGCUCACAUGCAUUUCCAACAGGACAAAGAGCUUGUGGAACAGCACUGCCACCUGUGAGGGGAGACAUAUAUGCCAAAGGCCCUGGUGGGAUCCAAGACUCCAGAUGGCACCAGACCACGUGAAUUACAGCAAGAAUGAAAAGGUGGUGCUGAGCUGCCCAGAGGGUCUGCAACCGUCCUUCCCUGAGGUCAAAUGUGCAAGUGAAGUCCAGUCUAUCAGUAAUGGGAAACCUGUAUACAGAGAAGUUUGGAUGGGGAGGAAUGGCACAGCUGGCUGGAUCCACCUUCAGUCUUAUGUGGAGUGCCUUGAAGUGUGCCAAAGGCCCCAGUGGGAUCCAAGACUCCAGCUGGCACCAGACCACGUGAAUUACAGCAAGAAUGAAAAGGUGGUGCUGAGCUGCCCAGCGGGUCUGCAACCGUCCUUCCCUGAGGUCAAAUGUACAACUAAAUUCCAGUAUAGCCGUUUUGGGAAACCUGUAUACAGAGAAGUUUGGAUGGGGAGGACUGGCACAGCUGGCUGGACCCGCCUUCGGUCUAAUGUGGAGUGCCUUGAAACAUGCCAAAGGCCCCGGUGGGAUCCAAGACUCCAGCUGGCACCAGACCACGUGAAUUACAGCAAGAAUGAAAAGGUGGUGCUGAGCUGCCCAGAGGGUCUGCAACCGUCCUUCCCUGAGGUCAAAUGUGCAAGUGAAGUCCCGUCUAUCAGUAAUGGGAAACCUGUAUACAGAGAAGUUUGGAUGGGGAGGACUGGCACAGCUGGCUGGAUCCGCCUUCGAUCUAAUGUGGAGUGCCUUGAACUUCUCCAGGUUGUCCCUGGGACCUCGGAGGUUUCUGCCACCAGCAUCAAACUGAACUGGACCUGCAGGUUCCCUGAUGCCUGCCAGCACAUGCGGGCCAUGUGCCGUCUGGCCGGGCCUCCCUCCCCUGGCUGUGAGGCCAAGGUGGUCACUGGGGAGGAGAUGCUUCAGGGCCAGAAGGGAACGUUUUCCUGCCCCCCUCUGCAGCCCUUCACUGUCUACAGUGUCACCAUCUCCUUGCCCCCCAGCACGGUCCUGUUCACAUGGCAAUUUCGGACAGAGGAAGCAGUGCCGGACCAACCAGAGAAUCUGUCCCUGGAUCGCAGCACCGGCUUGCUCAGGUGGAACACGCUGCCCUCCUGCAAAGGGGAGAUCCUUGGAUACCAGCUGAGCAUCAUGGCCAGGAGUGCGCACGAGGGCGGCUUCCUGGAGAUCGAGCGGCUGAGGGUGAACAGCUCUGUCUCCGAGUACCUGCUGCCGGACCACCGACCCGGGCACAUAUACGUGGUGACGGUGCAAGGCCUCACGGCCGCCGGUGCCGGCGACGCGUCACGCCAGGAAUUUCCGAGCGCUGGCUUGGAGACCGCUGCCCCUCUCAACGCCAGCUCCUGCGGCGCUCCUGACGUCUCCCCGUCUCAAGGGACGGCCGUGAUUCCUCUCUGCCCCAUCGCCCAGCCCCACGCGGCGGCGAGGGAGCACCAGCUCAUCGUUGCCGUGACCCAGGAUGCCGCUAAGGUGGCAGGCGUUUGCUCAGGGGAGCUGCAGCCCUUCAACGCCAGCCUGCCGCACCAUGCCUACGUGGCCGCGGUGCUCAACCUCACGGCCCCCACCGACUUUGUGCUGGGCGACGGGACCCGCCGACACGGUUACUACAACGCUCCCCUCCAGCCGGACGGGAACUACACGGUCCUUCUCCGCCUCGUUCGCCGCCGGCAGCAGGCAGAGAAAUUCACCUGUGUUUGCUACAGCUUCUCUGUUGGGCAGGAGCCGAUUUCUCAGCUAGACAGGAUCGUGGUAGUUAUGGCAGUAGCACCGGUCAUGGCACUCCUGGCACUGGGGAUUUUGCUGCUCUUCCUGCUUUUCAGGAGGAAGCACAAUAAUUCAAAAACCUCUGAGAACAACAGCACGAUCCCCUUGAGAAGAUGCCAGGCAUCAGGUGCACACUAAAUUGCUGGCCUCAUGGUCCCUGUAGGUGCAAACAAGAGGAAUACACGGAUCCCAGUGGAGGAACUGCUGGAGGCUCUGAAAAGGUUCAAAAGGGAAGAAAUAGAGGCAGAACAGACAGACGAUGAAUCAGCCAUCAACAGACAUGGUGCUGGGCGUCUGGGAGAGUAUCAGAAACUAGUCUCCACUUUAUUGCAUCCCUGUGAUGCUGGGAAGGAACUAUGCAACCAGGACAAGAACCGCUACAAGAGCAUCAUCCCAUAUGAUCACUGCCGUGUGGUGCUGCAGCCCUCUGACACAGGCAAUAACUACAUCAAUGCCAGCUAUGUGGAGAGCUACCGGAGUCCAAGCUUCUUCAUUGCGGCUCAAGGCCCCUUACCUGGAACAGUGGUGGAUUUCUGGCAGAUGAUCUGGCAGGAGAAGACUUCAGUCAUUGUGAUGCUGACAGGCUUAGUGGAGCAGAACAAGACUAAAUGUGAGCAGUACUGGCCAGAGCAGGAGCAGGUCUAUGGGGAUUUCACAGUUACACUCAACAGCACAAGGACCACCACAGGCCUUAUCACACGCAUAUUCAGCCUGCAAAAGACAGGCUGUGCUCUCCCAAGACUGGUGCAGCAGUUUCACUACCUGCUAUGGCCAGACCAUGGGGUCCCCAGAAACCCUACCCAGCUCCUGUGCUUAGUGGAGAAGGUGAACAAGAAGGUGUCAGAAGACCCUACUGGCCCCGUGCUGGUGCACUGCAGUGCAGGGAUUGGGCGGACAGGUACCUUCAUCGCCCUGGACUUCCUCCUGAAAAUGGCAAAGGCUGAGGGCAAAGUGGAUGUGUUUCAGUGUGUGCAGAGGCUGCGGGAACAGCGAGUUUGCAUGGUGCAGACUAAGGAGCAGUAUGCCUUCUUGUAUGAGGUGUUGCUUGAAGGCCUGCUCUGUGGCAGUACCGGGGUCCCAGUGGAGAACGUCAUCAGCCACAUCAGCUCCCUACGAGAAGCUGAGACACAGAGACAGAACAACGUCCUUGAGAAGGAGUUCAAGACCCUGCAGAAGUUUUCUGAGUUGUUCCAGCUCCUGCCAUGCAGAGAAGCGGAGAAACCCAGCAACCAGCCCAAGAACCGCAAGCCAGGGAUCCUACCAGCGGAUUCCUACCGGCCAGUCCUCAUGUCCUCCCUGAAUGCAGAUGGCUCACCAGGCUAUAUCAAUGCAGUGUUUGUUGAUACAUACACUGAGGAAGACAGACUCAUCAUCACCCAGCUGCCAUUUCUGGCCACGCUGGUGGAUUUCUGGGCUCUAGUCUGGGAUUACACCUGCACAUCUGUGGUUGUGCUAAACCAUCUUCAGGAGCUAGACCAGACAUACGUGGAGUUCUGGCCCACCCAGGGGAAAGCUAUUUAUGGCCAUUUCCACGUCCAGCUGAUCUCAAAGGAGCCCGGAGCUGGCUUCACAGUCUGGACACUCUCUCUGACCAACAGGCAGCAGCCCAAGAAGUCUGCACUGAAAAUACAGUUCUGUCAGCUGGAAGACUGGCCCAUGCAGCAGCGCCUUCCCCCAUGCCCUGCAACCAUCAUCAGCCUGCUGGGGAAGGUGGAGACAUACCAGCAACAGAGCCGAGAUGCACGCAUACUCGUCACUUGCUGGGAUGGUGCCAGUCGGAGUGGGAUCUUCUGUGCUAUCAGUUUCCUCUGUGAGCAGAUCCAAAGCGAGGGGCUGGUGGAUGUGUCCCAGGCUGUGAGGAUGUUGAAGAAGCGGCGGAGACAGCUGGUUAAGGAUGUGGGGCAAUAUCAGCUUUGCUACAAACUAGCCCUCAGUUACUUGAAUUCAUUUGAAACCUAUGGAAACUUCAAGUAGAGGCAUGGCCACAGCCCAUCUCUGUCCAGGACUUCCAGCUCUCUUGACAGCUCUCUGCAAGUGACCAUGGAAACUAGAGGAGAUAAGACAGGUGUACACAGCUCCAAGAUGCUUUACUCCUCUAUCCUCUGCAGCUGGACAGGGCAGUCUGGGCUGUCUCCGAACUGUGUUGUCACUGACCAGGCUUUGAAGCAGGAACCCUGCCCUUUGCCCAGAGUUUGGGCAGGAACUUACCUGGCAUCGCAGCCUUAGUGUGCAGACCAAAGAAGAGGCCUUGAGACUUGACCUGUCUGAGAUCUCCUUGCCUGAGAUGGAGAGAACCAGCUGCCCUGUCUGGGCUCCCAUGUACCCUCAGGAAGCUGCAUGGGAAAAAGAGGUAGCUCCACCAACACAAGACUGUUCCACUAAGGGAUCAUCAAACUUCUAUCAGAUUCACAGGGCUCAGGAGCCCAGUUUCACCAUCCUGCAUUGGGAGAAGCACAAAACCCAGUGCCAAGAAGAGCUACAGGAAGGAAAAACCACAGUCCUAUAGGACUAUCCUGGUCCAAAACCCCUUUCUCAAGUGCUGUCUUGUUGACACUGAUUGUCCCAGGUGCUGCAGCUUUGCCAGUGGCCAGGGAGACUCCCUCACCAGCCUAUCUGUCUCCACCACAGCAGUCCCAGGUUGCAGCAUCUAAGCUUGGUUACCCUUGAUGCUAUACCUGCAGUUUACCUCCCAGGAAUGGCUGCUGCACCUUGCAGACCAUUUCUGCCAGAGCUGCUCAAAGGGGAAGGGGUCUCAGAGCCAGGGCUGAACCCCUGACUCUAAUCUGUG